AUGAGGAAGCAGCAUAAAUACACGGCGAAGAAGCAGCACAUGGCGUCCUCAUACUAUCAGGAGAUGCAGGAGGUCUUCAGAAACAACAAUAAAAGCAGAGAGUUCCAGGCUCACAAUGCUAAAGUGCAUUCAGUGGCCUGGAGCUGCGACGGAAAACGACUCGCGUCCGGAUCCUUCGAUAAAACCGCCAGCGUGUUCGUCCUGGAGAAAGACCGACUGGUGAAGGAAAACAACUACCGAGGGCAUGGAGACAGUGUGGAUCAGCUGUGCUGGCAUCCCACCAACCCUGAUCUGUUCGUCACCGCGUCAGGAGACAAGACCAUCCGCAUCUGGGACGUACGGACCACCAAAUGCAUGGCCACGGUCAGCACCAAAGGGGAGAAUAUCAACAUAUGUUGGAGUCCUGAUGGUCAGACCAUUGCUGUCGGCAACAAGGAUGACGUCGUGACCUUCAUUGAUGCCAAAACGCACCGUUCCCGUGCCGAGGAGCAGUUCAAGUUUGAGGUCAACGAGAUCUCCUGGAAUAAUGACAAUGACAUGUUCUUCCUGACGAACGGAAACGGCUGUAUUAAUAUAUUAAGUUAUCCUGAUCUCAAGCUCAUUCAGUCCAUUAAUGCCCAUCCGUCCAACUGCAUCUGCAUUAAAUUCGAUCCCACGGGGAAGUAUUUUGCCACAGGAAGUGCAGAUGCGCUGGUCAGUCUGUGGGAUGUGGAGGAGCUGGUGUGUGUGCGCUGCUUCUCCAGACUGGACUGGCCUGUGCGGACGCUUAGUUUCAGUCAUGAUGGGAAAAUGCUGGCGUCAGCUUCUGAGGAUCAUUUCAUUGACAUCGCUGAAGUAGAGACGGGUGAGAAGCUCUGGGAGAUUCAGUGCGAGUCUCCGACCUUCACCGUGGCGUGGCAUCCGAAGAGACCGCUGCUGGCGUACGCCUGCGACGAUAAAGAGGGCAAAUAUGACAGCAACCGAGAGGCAGGCACCGUCAAGCUCUUUGGACUUCCCAGUGACUCCUGAUCACCAGAGUUUCCAUGUGUUCAGGCUUACUCUGCUACAUCUGCUUCACUUGAUAUUAUAGCUUUGUAUUAGAUUUCUACAUAUUUUGAAAUAAAUGCUGUAAGUAGUUCAAAGAUA